CGCGCUAAUCGGCAACACUGGCCCAGCGCACUGCCGCUCAACAACAAAAAGCGGAGCGGAGAGUGAAUGCAGAUUGCCAUGAUGAUCAGAUGCAUUCAUGGCAACGAUGGUUAGUAUACAACGACGCCUUCUUUACGCCAUCAUAUGAUCAUCACUUCCCAAAAUAGAUGCCAUCACUGCUAUACAUCGUUGCAAAAUGAAAGCAGUACUUUGCAUUCUAGAUUCGCGUGCCUAACGCCCAUUUGGGUAGUACACCGCUUAGAUUUAGGCUUUAUCGCUGAGCUUUUGCGCGCACGGGCUGAAUGGGGGCAUUAGAGCAUUGUGUUUUUGAGAAAAUUAAACUUGCGUGCAUUAAGCAUAAGGUCAUAAAUCUUAUAUUUCUUCUCCUAAUGAUCAACAACCAUCACAAUCAAAAUUCACAUCUUUUUCUUUGACUACACCGUCUAACCGACCAAUUCUCAUUUUACAGACCUUGCAAUCAUGUCACAAGCUGCUACCGUUCCUUGUGCUUACAAGGUUGGUAAAACAUUGGGUCAAGGAACAUAUGCCGUCGUUAAAGAGGCUGUUCAUAUCAAAACAGGCCAAUACUAUGCAUGCAAGGUUAUCAGUAAAAAGUUGAUGGAAGGACGUGAGCAUAUGGUACGAAAUGAAAUCGCAGCACUCAAGAAAGUAUCGCAAGGGCACAGAUCGAUUGUAACUUUGGUGGACUACUUCGAAACAAUGAACAACCUGUACCUCGUCACUGAUUUAUGUGUAGGAGGAGAAUUGUUCGAUCGUAUAUGCGAACGUGGAAGUUAUUACGAACAAGAUGCAGCACACAUUGUCAAAACAAUCACUUCUGCUGUUGCAUACUUGCACGGACAAGGCAUCGUUCAUCGUGAUUUGAAACCAGAAAACCUGCUGUUCCGCGACAAGAGCGAGAAUUCAGAUUUACUUAUUGCCGAUUUUGGUCUCUCACGUGUGGUUGAUGAUGAAAAGAUGACGGUCUUGAGCACGACAUGUGGUACACCUGGCUACAUGGCACCUGAGAUCUUUAAGAAAUCAGGACACGGAAAGCCUGUGGAUAUGUGGGCAACAGGAGUGAUAACAUACUUCUUGUUAUGUGGUUAUACACCUUUCGAUCGUGAUACAACAAUGGAGGAAAUGCAGGCAAUCAUCAAUGCAGACUAUUCGUUCGAACCUGCCGUCUACUGGCAAGGCGUAAGCCAAGAAGCUCGUGAUUUCAUUAAUAAACUUUUAACAAUCGAUCCACAAGCACGAAUGACAGCACAACAAGCAUUGGAACAUCCAUGGCUAUCGACCAAGGCAUCUGUCGAAAGUGGAGAUCAACGCGAUUUGUUACCCGACAUCAAGAGCGCUUUCAAUGCAAAACGUACGUUCAGAAAAGCAGUUCACGGUAUUCGUUUGAUCAACAGAUUACGCUCAGAAACGGCCGACGUGCCAAAGGAAGAAAUGGAACAAAUAGCAAAAGGAAUCGAAGAUGCCGAAAAGGAAUCAGCAAACGUGCACGAAGUAUUUGCCCAAUAAGAACCGAAAUAAGUCUGUGAAUAACUCAACACCCGUCCAAAGCAUCGUUACCCUUCCUCGGUAGUAUAUUUGUCUAAUUUCCG